AUUUGUGGAAGAACUUCGGCCCUUCUGACGAUGUAGCUUUGGAAAAGCUCUACUGUGACGUGAAUAAUCUGCAAGUUACAUUGAACCUUACCGAUACUGCGUUGAGUGCGUCAUCAUCACAGGUGACAGUUCAUUUCGAGGAGAUGUCCAUGCGCUCGCCCCCCUCUGCCCAGUUCUUGCUCCGUCGAUGCUCAACACCAUCUUACAUACAGGAGCCAAAGAACAAGUCAUCCACACAGUGGGUCUGGUAUUGGGCAGACAACGAUGGUUGGAAGAAAUACACUGAAACGAUGCAGUCGUCUGGGACAAAGCAAGAACAGAUAGAGGCUGCCUAUUUAAAUGGAGAAGGCUUCUAUCCCUUUCGAAGUGGUCCUCACAAUUACAUUCUAACAUUCUACGAAAUGCCUAUGCACCAAAUAAAUAUCGACCCAAAGUUCCAGACCAGGCGGUUCGUAAGAAGAAGACCUGUGUUUGUUUCAAAACCAGCUUAUCGCGCCACAAAGAGUUAUCCGAGAGGCAAGGCUAAAGAUUUUGAACGGACUCGUUUGAAAGAGAACUGCGAAAAAUACCGAACUGCGAGUCAACGUUUUCGCGAAACAUUACCAGAAGACCAGGCCUACAUUGUGAUGGUGGAAGAAAUUUGGAACGAAGAGUUAUAUGAGAGAUACGAAAGUAAGCGGAAAAGAAUCAAAAGGAAACUGAAAGCAAAAAGGGACAAUCAGAUAGAAAAAUUGCUAUUCCAUGGUACUUCAUCAGAUGUCGUUGAUGCCAUCUGCAAGCAGAACUUUGAUCACAGAUUGCGAGGAAAGAAUGGGACAAUUUAUGGAGAGGGGAGCUAUUUUGCUGUAGACGCUUCCUACAGUAAUGACUACAGCGAUCCAGGUGGAGAUAAGACGAGAUUCAUGUUCUUAGUAAGAGUUUUGACGGGGGAAUCUAAGCUCGGAAUGCAAGAUUUUCGUCGACCACCUCUGAAAGAUCCAAGCAAUCCUGCCAGCGAUUUGUACGAUUCAUGCGUCGACGACGAAAAUCAACCAAAGAUCUUUGUCAUAUUUAAUGACGAACAAUGCUAUCCUUCUUAUCUAAUUCAGUAUCAGCUGCUAUAGUUUUUGGUAACAA